AUGGAUUUUGUUUCAUUCCGAGGCUUUUCAUCAAUUACAACGCCAUGUCUCUUUGUAAAUCCAAUAGAUGACAGCACAAUUUAUCCAUAUGCAAAGAAUAUCAUCAUUGAAGAUCAAAGCGGAAAACAAAAAUUUUUAAGAGGGCAUAAAAACACAAUUUCUGCAAUUGACAUGUCUCCAAAAGGCAGAAUGAUUGCAUCAGGCGAAAAUGGUCGUGAAUCAGAUAUUAUUGUCUGGAAUUACAAGACAAAACAACAAUUAUACAGUUUAUCAGAGCACGACAACGGAAUUACUGCCAUUAACUUCAGUAAUGAUGAGCGUCUUCUUGCAACAACAGCAAAUGAUAAUCGCCUGAUCAUUUGGGAUAUGGCAUCAGGAAAUAUGGUUCUCCACAAGAAGAUACAAUUUGCAAAUUGUGUUAAAUGGGGAGGACAAGUUCCUGAUGUCAAAGGCAGACCAACUCUUACAUUCUAUCUUGCUACAUCAGGUCCAAACGGCGUCCAGCUUCACAUUGUUGAUCCAUCAGGAAAGAUUGAUACAACAAAUCUUCCACAAGGAAAAUAUACACGUGACAUCAAAGCCAUGGCUUUUACAAAAACAUAUUUAUUAUGUGGAACAUCGUCUUCUGAUGUCUUAGUCUUUGAUUUACACAGCCUUACAAUGAUCAAAGUCAAUCAUCUUGGCAAAGGCUCCGUUACAUCAAUCUACAGCGCACCAGAUGGCGGAAUAAUUGCAUCUUGCCGCGAUGGAUGCAUAUUUGCGAUCAACGAAGAUGGAUCUCAGCUUCUUCAGAACAUUAAAUGUCCGAUUGCUUCAAUUUACGAUAGCCGCCUUAUUACAGAAGACGGAUCUUUAAUGGGAAACGACGGAUCCGUGAUUUGGGACAGCCAUCCACACGAAGUUACAUCCAUUUCAGUUUGUAACGGUACAGCUGUCAGCUCAUGUGUUGACGAAACCAUCAAAGUCUGGAACAGUUCCAAUCUUUCCUGCAAUUUGUCAUUCAAAGUCAAUUACCACUCUCCCCCACAUUGUGUUGGUUUAUCCCCCUCAUUAUUGGUUAUCGGCCACGAGAACGGUGCUAUCGGUGGAUAUGACUUCACGACAGGCGAACAUCUAUUUAAGAUAGAGCACGGACACCAUACAUGUGUUAACAUCCUUGAAGUCGCUCCAACGAGAAGAUUCUUUGCAUCAGGUGGUGAUGACACGACGGUAAGGCUUUGGGAUGUAAGAACACGUAAUAUGAUGACUAAGUUCGCUAAGCAUGAUGCUCCUAUCUCCGCAAUCUGCUUUGUUAACUCGGCAACUCAUAUCUACUCUUCUUCCAUCGAUAAGAGCGUUUGCUUAUUCGAUAUUCAGACAGAAGAACUCCUCGAAAGAUUCACUUGCUUCGAAUCAGGAGUUAGAGAUAUCUGUCUUUAUGAUGAUACAUUGCUCGCUGCAACACAAGAUGGCCAUAUCUAUAAAUUGGCUCCUUCAACAGGAACUAAACCUGUUUCUUCCAUUAAAACAAUGGAAGCAAACACAAUUUCACUUUCUCCUGAUGGUGAAAAGUUUGCAAUUGGCCAUAUCAAUGGCGAUGUUUCUGUUUGGAAUACAGCUUCAAUGAAGAUGAUCUCUUCUUCACCAGUUCAUAGCUCAUCAGCAGCCGAUAUCAGAUUUGUUGAUAACUCUCAUGUAAUGUCUGCUGGUGCUGAUGGCGGCAUCGCAUUGCUUUCAGUUUAA